AGUAUCGUGUAAACAUGAGAUUUUAUCUCAAAAUGUUUACAAUUAUUAUUAGUGCUCUUGUGUUUAUUUAAAGAUUAACUUAACUAUAUAAAUAUGGACGAGUAUGAAGUCUUAAUAUCGCGUAUAGAAACAAUAUCAACAGCGAUUCAAACAAUAAAGGAAAGUUUGACAUGUGGAAUUUGCUUAGAGUUGUUUAAUAUACCUGUAACUAUAAAAUGUGGACACAAAUUUUGUCGUUUAUGUAUUUUAAAAGUCACAAACAAUGAAAAUUCUUCUUGUCCUUUUUGUAACACAAAGAUUCACAAAAGGUCAAUACCUAAACAAGGUAAUCCUGUAUUCCAAAGAAGUGUGGAAAAAUUAGAAAAUUUAAUAAAAGCAAUUGAGGUAGAUUCUGGUAUUGAUGUAUUAUAUUCAUAUAAUAAAGCAAAGAAUACAAAAGAAAGUCCAGUAGUAUACAGUAAGAUAAAUACAUCUAAACUUGAAGAUAUUGCAUCAACUUCCAAAAGAUCAUCUUUAAUAUUUAAUGAGACAUCAACUGAAGCAAAAGUUGCCAAUUUAGUUAAAAGUAGAUUAUCUUUAACAAAAGAGAAAGCUGACAUUGAAAGUCCAAGUCAAAAUUCUAAAGAUGAUUCUUUAGAUAAAGAUUAUUUAUCAAAUAAAUCAGAUUUAAAACAUGACAAAAUUGUACAACCACAGAAAAAAGUAAAACGUUGGCUGGAAAAUUAUACAUCUGAGGAUAUAAUAAAUGGAUAUAAUAAAUCUGACAGUAUAAUAAAAGAUACUAUUCGAGAACCAAAUGAAUCAUUUGAAAAAAAAUUAACUACUGAUCAGGCUGGAACUCUUCCAGAUCAAAUUUACUGUAGUUCUCCAAAUAAUAAAAUAAAAGAAUAUAAUGCAAGCUCUGUACCUUUAAGCAAAGAAAGCUCAAAAUUCAAAGAAACUGAGAUAAGGAUACAAGAAGCUGAAAAAAUGAUGAAGAAAAAGAAAAUGAGUUUGAAUGCUAAAGAAAAUGAUAAUUUAAGGACACCUAGUUCUGUGCCUAUCACAUCGCAAUUAGAUACUUGUAAUUGGCGUACCGUAAAACAAGUAGGACGAGAAAUGCAAGUAAAAACUUUCAAAACUCUAAAUGUUAGCGUUGAAAAGUAUCCUCCUUCAGUGGCUGUAGAUGAUACAGUACUUUACAAUUCUACAAAUAAUGAUAGCAAAAGUAUUUUACAUGACUCUAAGACAAACAAUACUUCUGCUGAUAAAACUCCACCUCCAACAAAUACAUGCUAUUCAUUGAAAUCUAAAAAUGAUAAUCGAUUAAAGAAAAGUUCUCAAAUUAUCAUAGAAGAGUAUAAACGGCGCUCUAUGGACUCAACAGAUUCUCCAAAACCAAACUGUAUUACUGGUUUUGAUGUGGAUGAGAAUCGACUUAAUGAAAUUAUUGGGGUAGUGUCAUCAACAAAUGUUUCAAAGACAUUAGAAAAAUCUACGACUUUAUCAACAGAAUCUAACGAAUCAGAUUUGAAUUUCUUAAUAGAGCAAUCAAGUCCAUCAGAACACAAAUUAAGUGAGCAGAAAUUGUCAACUGAUGCAUCACCUAAUUCUAAUAACAACACUACAGCGAUUUAUUUACUAAACUCUUCCUCAAAGAAAAAUCAGUUAUCUCUAAAGAACUUGAAAAAUAAUAUCAGUACAGAACAAGUUUCUGUGUCUGAUAAUUUAGGUAAAACAGAUCAUAUAGAUAAAGAAUCUUCAUUUGAUAAGAGCAAUAGUAAUAAACAAGAAAUAUCAUCAAUCAAACCUUCUUUGUGUAAUAUCUUAGUUAAAAAAGGCUCAUCUUCAAUAGCAAGUGGUUGCCGCGUUAUAUUUCAAAAAUUGGGUAAAAUUUGUAAAAAGAGAAAAAAUGUGCCUUUCCUUUAUCUUGGUAGAUUAGAAAAUGAAAAAUGUCUAUUCGUUAAUCGUAAUUUAUGCAAAAAAUCCGGUAUUGUAGUAAAAAGUAAUAUACCAGUUAGUAUGAAUUAUAAAAGUUCACUCAAUGAUAAAAAUAUAACUAAUUUAGAAUUCUCUAAUAAAUCAGAUAUGAAAUUAAGUUUAUCACAGAACAAUGUGCCAUUAAAAUCUCCAACCAAGCCUUCUACUAUCAAUAACUACAGUGAAGCAAUGAACAUAGAUGAGAAUUUAGAUGUUCAGAAGACAUGUCAAUCAAAUCAACAAAUGGAAAUUGAUGAGAUGUUGCCUACAGUCGAAAUGGUUGUGAAAAAUAAGAACAGUCUUAAAAUAGAAAAUUCUGCAAGUCCUAUUGAUUUAGAAAAAGUAGAAGAUUUCUCACUAAAAAUAUCAAAAACAGAAAGAAACUUGGAAAAUGAAGACUUUGAAAAAAUAUUACCACAAAUUGAUGAAACUAUACCAAAGUCUCUUAGAAAUAUUGAUGCAGGUGAUAUUUCAAAAAAUUCUAAAACAGAGUUAGAAAAACCGGAUUCCGUUUCCAAGUCUUCAUCAAAAGUUGAUAAAGUAGAGAAUUUAAUAAAUUUUAACCAAAAGAAAUUAUCAAAUAGUAAAGAAAGACUGGAAAAUAUUAAUGUUAGUAAAGUACCAGAAGAUUUAAUUUCUAUUAAUGUAGAUAGUACGGAAAAAAAAUUUCAUAGUACGAACAGAAGGCUAAAAAUAGGCAAGGGAAAGCUCAAUGAAACAUGUCGAAAAAACACACAAAAAAUAAAUAUAUCUGAUGUAGAAAGUUCUACCGAAAGUGAAGCUUCAGUUACAUUUGGAACAGAAGGUGAAAAAAUUGUUAAGGAUAAGAAAGACAGAUAUUCUAGUGCCUUAUAUUUUUCUUUUAAAACUACUAGAAAAAAGAAAAGAACGCAUUCAGAAUCAUCGGAUGAAGAUGUGAACCAUAUACUUAAAAAAUGGGAUCAUAAACCAAAAAUAUCCUUUGAUACUGAAAAAGAGCAAGCAAUUAAAAGACAAAAAAUAUCCAUAGAUAGUGAAGAAAUUAUAAAUAGAAAUGCCUCUAAAGUAAAACGCAAAUCAAGAUACUCGUUUUCUUCUUCGUCUUCUGACUAUGAAGGAGAAAUAUUUAAAGAUAAUGAACACGAUCAAAAUUCAACGGUUAAUGGAAUGGUAUCGAAAAUAAAACAAAAUACAGAAGUUAACGGUAAUAAAUUAACAACUAUACCUAGUUCAUUGUUGUCAUCAAAUCUUUUUGAGUCUAAUGGACGAUCUAUACUACCCAUGCAAUCGCUUAAAAAACAGUCUAAUGAAUUUACUGUUCAAAAUACUUCGACUAUGGAUUCUAAUAGCGAGAAAGAAAAUAUAAGUGAAGAUUCGCUGGAAAAUAUCACAAUAAUUGAUGCAAAGCAAUCGAGUAAAAGAAAAUCUGCUGCUUCGAAAAAUGUAGAUUAUGAUAAUAGAGAAAAUAACCAGUGUAAUCAAACAUCCCGCUUCAAGAAAUUAAUCAAACUCACAGAAGGAACUGCAGAUGAAAUUGAAAGCUCACAAAACGGAAAAACGUCCAUUGUUCUUAAGAAUAUAGACAACGACGAUAAAGAAAAUAAUAAACAAAAGCAAACAACUAACUUCAAUAAAUUAAUGAAAAAUCCAGAAGUUCAUGUAGAUGAAAUUGAAAGUUCACAAAAAGACAAUAAUAAAACAGUUGAUAAUUUUGAAUGUGAGUCAAAUCCCUAUUUCGUGCGUGAAAGUCUUUUAAAUAUUACACAAGAACAGAUUGCCUGUAAGAAUAUUGAAAAAGAUCUUUUUGGCAUUGAUUUGUCAAAAAUACACGAAAAUAGAAAUGAUGACCACUUGGACAAUGCUAAGAGCUGUACUCCUUGUAGGAAGUCGACAACUUUUGAAGAAAAUGAUGAUUUUGACAGUGAUAGCAUUGCACCAACACCUGUUAUAAAAAGACGACAUACAUUACGUUUUCCAUCGCCAGAAUCAUCUCCUAAAUCAGAUAUUCAUGAAUCUACUAUGUUUUCACCUGUCAGAAAAAUGUCUCUAAUACCAGCAAUUACGCCUAUGAAAAAUACGAACUCGUAUCCCCUAUGCCAUAGCACACCAAUGGUCAAUAUGGACAGUCCAGACAGUCCAGAUAAUAUAACUCAUCCUCAAAUUGAAAAUAUAAGAAUAGUUUACACUAGUUUGACUGUAGAAAAUAUACAAUUAUUGCAGACGUUUGCAAGCACAUUUAAUGUUCAAUUAAAAUCUAAUUUUGACUUGGGGGUGACGCAUGUAGUUGUAAAAGUCGAUCCGUUGACUAAAAUUGCUCCAAAAACUUUCAAAUAUAUACAGGGUAUUGCUUUCAAAAAAUACGUCGUUAGCUUUGAAUGGAUAACUGAUUGCCUUGCUAAGAAUAAGUUGUUAGAUGCCGAUGAUGAGAAAUAUGAUGUGUUGGAUCCGGAUAUUUUCAAAUCUGGCUGCAGAAAAUCUCGUCAAAGUACUCAAAAGUUAUUCAAAAACUUUGUGUUCUGUUGUUUUGGGUUAUUCAUGAAAGUUCGUUUAGACGAAUUUAAAGAAUUAUUAACUUACACCGGUAGUAUAGUUGUUUCAUCAAUCAAAGAAUUUAAUUUUCACAAAAAUAAAUUAAACAUUAUCAUUAUUGAAACCGAAGAUUUUAAUGAUAAAGCUGUAGACAUUUUGACUAAAGCCGAUGCAGCAACAGUACAUCUUGAAUGGGUUGUUGAUAGUUUGAGUCAAUUUCAACUUUUAUCGAUCCAUCCAUAUCUGUGUGGAAAAUCACUUGAGAAAGCCAAAAGUUUAGGAUUUCCUCCAGAACUUCUUGUAGAAGAAGAUACUUCAGAGGAAGUCGAAGAUGACAAUUAAUAUGUUGAUUAUAAAAUUCGACGGCAUAAGGAGUUAAUGAUAUUCUUACUAGUAUGUAAUUAUUUGUAUUUAAUGUUUCUAAACUAAUCCUUAUUUACAUGUUAUUUAUUACAUAAUGAAAGAUAUUGAUAGAUGCGAUAUUAAUUCGUGUAAAAUAUUGUUCGUUUUUAUUAGCUUGUCGAGAGAUUCUAUUGUUGAAAAUAUUUCCUAGUAUUUCAAAUUUAUGUAAGUAGCAGGCAAACAUUUUUUUCGUUUUUGACUUUGAACUGUAUUCUUGAAUAUAUAGUUUAUAAGUCUUAUAUAGAAACCAACAUCAACACUCGCUAAUCCAAUUUGUCAUGUGACUUUAAAAAAAAUCUAAGGCAAGAUGCAUUGCUACAGUUCAAUCCUUCCAAAUUGAAAUUAAUAAAUUUUUGUCAAAAUCUAGAAUGUAUAUAUGAAGCUCUACAACCUAAUUAAUUGCUUUUUAUAGUUAGAUUUAAAAUGUCAUGAAAAUAUGUUUAAUCGUACGUUAAUUUUCUAUGAAAUGAUUCUAUCAAUAAAGACUUUGAU